GGUCCAAAGCAAAUAAUAUCGCUGCGAGUUGGGCGGUUAGAGAUGACACAGGGACUUGUGGUAAGUGAAUAGGCCAAGUAUAUAUAAGUGGCAUUAGAGUAUCUCCUACUUCUACUACAUUAGAUUCAUAAAAAAUGAAUAUUCCAGUUGAUGAUGAUGAUGAAAUCUUUUCUUUACCUAGCCUUGAUUCUCUUGAAUCUAUCACACAUCUUCUUUUUAAUGAUUCCGAUUUUUAUCAAACUCUUUCCCCAAUGAGUUCAGAUAGCACAUUAUUGCCGAACACUCCUACCUCAAAAUCAGCUGAAUCCCUUGUGAGGCCGGAGCCCCCGGAGGAGACAAAGGAGCCAUCUGUGGUGUGUGAGGAAAACGCGCCACAAGAUUGGAGGCGAUUUAUAGGAGUGAGGCGGAGGCAGUGGGGCACAUUUUCAGCAGAAAUAAGAGAUCCGAAUAGGAGAGGCGCGAGGCUGUGGCUAGGAACUUAUGAGGCCCCGGAGGAUGCAGCAUUGGCUUAUGACCAAGCCGCUUACAAGAUCCGAGGCACUAAAGCUCGGCUCAAUUUUCCUGACUUAAUUGGCUCGGACGUGCCUAUGCCUGCUAGAGUAACGGCUAGACGCCGUACGCGCUCACACUCACCUGAGCCAUCGAUCAUUUCUUCGUCUUCAUCCUCGUCCUCGUCUUCUUCCUCGUCUUCGUCCUCAUCAUCAGAAAACGGGACAAGGAAAAGGAAAAUAGAUAUGAUAAACUCCAUAGCCAAAGAAGCCAAAUUGAUUUGUGGUUGGAAUUUACAAAUGUUGAUACAAAUGUGAGAAAAGGAGCAGAUGUUUAAUUAAUUACUUCGUGUUUAACAAUUACAAUGGUCUCAUCAAAUUAAAGGGGGCGGAACCACGAGGGUGCUAGGACCUAAGGGUCAUCCAAAUUUUCUUCAUCCGAAUCUUUUUUAUUUCUCAAUGUGUGUUUCUAUUUUGUUUAUUUUUGGAAUUUUCUUAAUAAAAAAAUUUCCCCA